AUGGGUGACGAAAACCACAGCGCCCUUGCGCAGGGCGACGAGGCGCCGUAUGACGAUUCAAGACCGGCAAAGAGACAGCGCAACUUCAUUGCCAGACAGGCAUGCGAGGCGUGUCGCAUGAAGAAGACGAGAUGUGACGAGGACAUGCCUUGCAGCCUCUGCAAAAGUCUGGGAAUCGAGUGUACUUAUGCAGAGCGCAAGCCUACUAAAAAUGAGAUCUCGAUGAGCAUGAUAUUCAACACGUUGAGGCGCAUGGAAUCGAAACUUGACCACUUGUCCGUCCCAGCGAUCGCAAAGGCCAUUCAAGAACCCGAGGGACACCGAAGCGACUCCAAUCUCCCUCACAAUGAAAGCCCCUACCACAUGGAUUCCGUGGUCUCCCAUCAAUCCCUUUCCUCGCCGCUGUCAAGUACCAGACAGUUGCCUCGACAGUCGAGCGCCCAAUCUGCUGUUCUGUCAUUUAGUGCCCGUCAAACGAUUCAUUGGCCAGGUGUGCAGGCUCUCCUCCCAAGCAGCCUUACGUCCGAGGUUCGCAACCUGGAGAGAAGCUAUCCUACUCUGCUGGAGUCGGCACGGCCAUCACUUGAGCCGGUCAUCUCGGCGCAAGGUGCCAUGUCAACACCUGACUGGCUCGUCUCCCUCAGCCUGUCUUCCGUGAAGGAUUUGUCGAAUGCUUAUUUCGACACCUUCAACCGAGUAUAUCCAUGCAUCGACCGCGACUUUUACUUUCUCAGCACCCUUGCUGUUGUAGUCCGAGAAGGGUUCGGCCACGGCAUAGAGUCAUGCCUCGUCCUGAACGUCAUGGCGUUGGGGUGCAUGGGCCUCAAAGCAUACGAGGAAGGGGGAUUUGAGAUAUCCAAUCAAGCCUCGAUAACUCCAAUCAUCCGACACAUUAUGGAAGAAGAAAUCGCCGGCCUCAGCUUUUUCAAUGAAGCCCGGAGGCGAGUGGGCUUCUGCCUUUCCGAGCGGGACAUCCAGGCUUGCCAAUAUUACCUGACAUCGGCCGUGUUCUAUGCGCAAGCCAUGCGGCCGGUUGAUAAAUGGCUGGAAGCCGGUCGGGCGGCAGUCAUCUGCACUGCGUACUGGAAAUGCCCCCCCGAACCCGUUGACGAGUGGUUGGCGGAUAUGCAAGCACGACUAUUCUGGUGCUCGCUCAUGCUUGAGAGUCUUGUUGUUCAAGAGUUGGAGCUGCCGCCCAGCAGCCUGAAGGCAUGGGAAGAGGACGUCCCCUUACCCAAAUUCACCACGUAUCCUUAUGCCAUCGGUUCGCGCCCGCAAGAUUCGGAUGACUCAUUCUAUCAUUACCAUUUCCUCGCACAGAUCGCCCACAGAAUCAUCCUCAAUCGAAUCAAGGAUGAGCUGUUCUUCAGCAACCCCUCAACCAAAGUUGCCGAAGAGCUCCGCCACCAGCUUGAGCAAUGGCGGGCCAAUCUUCCUCAGGCGCUCCGCUACGCCAGCGGCCGGGAACAGCAAAGUUUCGAAUGCCCGGCCGACGCCGUUGUUGUCGCGUUACUUCAAAUGCGUUACCGGGUGUCGAUUUUCCACCUAGGGCGACCAUUCCUGUAUAAAGCCAUUCAAAAUCCUGCCUCGGUCAACGACACCGAGCUCAGAUUAUGUGCAGAAGCGCUGGAAUAUGCCAUGGAUUGGCACAUGACGUUGGAUGUCUGCGCAAGAAUGCAGAACUUUGAGCCCCUGAAAUACUUUGCAUGUGGACAAUUCUUUGGGCAGCUGCUCAUCUUCCAUGCCUUCAAAAACUCACCUGACUUCCGGCUAAGAGACAGCCUUCCCUCCGGAUUCGAGCCCUGGUGCACCAGGAUGGUAAAAUUCAUCUAUGAUUUCGUUGAUUCGAGUCCGACCAUUGCCAAGGAUUUGGAAUUACUCUCCUCGUUGUAUCAUGUUCCCAACGGAUGA